AUGACUGCCCACGUCUUGGAGGACCUGGAUUCCUUCAAGUACAGUGACCUGCAGAACUUGGCCAAGAGUUUGGGCCUCCGGGCUAACCUGAAGGCAGACAAGUUGUUAAAAACUUUGAAAGCUCAUCUUCAACAAGAAGCAAGAAAAGAAAAUGAGAAUGAGGAUCAAAGUCCAAUUACUGCCUCCUCCUGUGAUGAGAGCGUGACGCAGAUUAAAGAUGAGGAACAAGCUGAGAAGAACAGGGGCAACUCAACCACCCAAUGUCGGAGACGGCGUAGGACAGUCAAAGGGAACACUGAUGCCCAGGAUCAUUCAGAGUUGAAAAAAAGUGCUCCAGCUGAAUUCCAGAAUGAGGAGCAGCGGAAGGACGAGCAAGAGCUUGGCGACAAGCAAGAGCUUGGCAUUGUUGGAGAUGCUCCUCCUUCAUCAGCUGAGAAUGCAGAUCCUUUGGAAAAAAACAAAACAAAUGAUUUAGAUAACGAAGAUUCAAAAGCACCUGUAGAAAAAAAGAAGUCUCUCUGCACAGAUGGUUCUUCAAAAGGUAGAAAGAAUAAAACAACUGGGAGCACGACUCCAAAUUUUAAGAAGCUUCAUGCAGCUCACUUUAAGGAAAUGGAGUCUAUUGACCAAUAUGUUGAAAGAAAAAGGAAACAUUUUGAAGAGCACAGAAAUUCACUUAAUGAAUUGAAGGUAUGUGCUUUUCACCCUCUUCAGAAGCAGCCUGCUCACAAGAAAAUGGUCCUGACUCCAGUGAUGAUGACUCCAGUGCCUCUCAGAAAAAGGCCAUCCGUCGCUCACACUCCCAGCAGUCAGCAGUGCUGGGUUCAGGGCACUGCGAGACAGAGCAUUCUGUGUCCGAAGCGGUCAGUCAAGACCUCUGCUGUCUCAGCAACAAAAAUGAAUGUCAGGUUUUCAGCAGCUACCAAAGAUAAUGAGCAUAAACGCUCACUGACCAAGACCCCAGCCAGGAAGUCUCCACAUAUGAGCCUGUCCAGGAGUACUCCAAAAAGCCCGGCUGUGCUCAGCACACACAAGUUGAACACCACUGAUCCGGCUUCGGUUAUCACCCCCUUCAAGCUGACAGUGGAGACUCCUGUCUCCAAUAAAAAGCCAGUGUUUGAUCUCAAAGCAAGUUUGUCUCGUCCCCUCACCUAUGAGCCACACAGAGGAAAGCUGAAACCAUGGGGACAAUCAAAGGAAAAUAAUUCUCUGAAUGAAUAUGUAACUAGAGUGAGCUUCCAUAAGAAAACAUAUAAACAACCCCAUCUCCAGACCAGGGAAGAAAAACGGAAGAAACAUGAGCAAGAACGAAAGGAGAAGAAAGAAAAGGUUUUGGAAGCUCGAAGAGGCUUUAAUAUAGCAGCAAAUUAA